AUGUUGUCGCCAGCGAUUCGGGCUGGCUCGCUUCGAGCAGCUGUCUUGCCAUCACUGGCGCUGCAAGCGUCCAGACUUGCUGUCCCAUCCACAAGUGCGUCUGCUGCUGCUGCUGCUGCUGCUGCUGCUGCAGUAGCACCUUCUUCGUUGUUCGCAUCGCAACAACAGACUCGCACCAUCUUCUGGACUCGUUCGCGGAAGAACGACAAGACAGUUUCUGUGCUUCAGGCUGCCCAGAAUGAUGCGCAAGAGCAGUUACCACCUCCAAAUAGCACUGGCCAGAACAAGCGUGGUUUCUUUCGAACCGCACGACGAACCUUUUAUGUGAUUGCGCUAGGCAGUCUGGGCACCUAUGCGUACUUUGUCUACCAAGGCCGACACCCACCCGAUCAGCUCCCUCAAGAUCCCUCCAAGAAGACCAUUGUGGUACUCGGCAGUGGCUGGGGUGCCACCUCGCUCUUGAAAAACAUCGACACUGAAGAGUACAACGUCGUUGUUAUCUCGCCGCACAACUACUUCCUCUUCACGCCUCUGCUGCCGUCCGUCACGGUGGGCACGUUGGAUGGCCGAAGCAUCGUGCAGCCAACCCGUCACACGACACGUUUCAAGACACGCGAGGUCAAGGUGUACGAAGCCGAUUGCGAGUACGUCGAUCCUAUCAACAAGACUGUCACUUUCGAGGAUAGGAGCGAGGUCAAGGGAUCUGUCUCGAAGGUCACGAUCCCGUACGACUACCUCGUCUACUCGGUCGGCACGGAGAACCAGACGUUCGGUAUCGAGGGUGUCAAGAAACACGCCUGCUUCCUCAAAGAGCUUAGCGACGCUGAAAAGAUCCGCGCCCGUCUGAUCGACUGCGUCGAGAGCGCUGCCAUCAAGGGCCAAUCUGAGGAGGAGAUCGACCGUCUGCUGCAUAUGGUAGUCGUCGGUGGUGGUCCCACGGGUAUCGAAUACGCGGCCGAGCUGCGCGACUUUGUCGAAUCUGAUCUGAUCAGAUGGUAUCCCGAGGUGGCCAACAAGCUGCGUGUGACGCUCGUAGAGGCUCUGCCCAACAUUCUGCCCAUGUUCUCGCAGACGCUCAUCAAGUACACAGAGUCGACGUUCAAAGAAAAUUCGAUCGACAUUCUAACCAAGCACAUGGUCAAGGACGUCGACGACCGCGACGUUCUUGUCAAGACGCCAUCGGGCGAAGAAAAGAAGAUUCCUUACGGUUUGCUCGUGUGGGCUGCCGGCAACACGGCCCGACCUCUGACACGACAGCUCAUGGCAGCGUUGCCCGAAUCGCAAAAGAACCGCCGUGGUCUGGAUGUCGACGACCACAUGCGACUCAAGGGUGCCGAGGACUCAAUCUUUGCUCUCGGUGAUGCCACCGCGACCCAGUUCGCUCCCACUGCCCAGGCUGCUUCGCAGCAGGGUGCUUACCUCGCUCGCGUCUUCAACCAGCUCGCUCGCCUGCACAUCCUUGAAGACAAGCUCGAGGCGGCCAAGAAGGCCAACGCCGACGCUUCCGAGCUCAGCGGUCUCGAACGACAGAUUGAAAAAGCUGCCAAGAUUCGUCCCUUCAAGUACUCGCACCAAGGCUCGCUCGCCUACAUUGGAUCCGAGAGGGCCAUCGCUGAUAUCCCACUACUCGGCAACAACCAGAUCGCCUCGGGUGGUGUUGUGACAUUCAUGUUCUGGCGUUCGGCUUACAUGUCGAUGCUCUUCUCGCUCCGCAACCGAUCACUUGUGGCCGCCGACUGGUUCAAGGUGUUCCUUUUCGGCCGUGACGUCUCGCGAGAGUAA